AAUUAAGAUCUAGCCCAAAAACAGUAGUCAUGAAGGGCUCAUCUUCCCAACUCAGACGCGAAGCGCCCACUCCUUCUCCAUCGCAGUCCCGUCAACCAGAUCAACUGCACCUUCACUUCUGCAGCCGCCGGCAACAAUGGAGGACGGCGAAGGUAGCAAAGAAGGAGCAGGAGAACACGAGGUCAACCCCCACGACACCGCAAAGCCAUCUAUUUCACCUCCCUCAGCCGCUUUGCCUCAUCUUGUUGUGCCCACCAGGCCUUCUCCGAUUGCGAAAAAAGGUACCGAUCGUCGGAAGAAAAUUUCUUUGAGCGCGAAGCAGAGAAAGUUGGCGGAAGGGAGGCUCGUACUCCUCAACAAGAACUUCCGCCCAAUCCCUUUUUCCCCGGCGAAAACCCUAGAUUUCUCCGCGCACGAGCAGCUCUUCCGUGAGCUCGGUCUCUGGGACUUUGCACACCUACAGUUCGAUGAAGAGGUGCGGCCAGACCUCCUUGCCGAUCUGAUCGCUUAUUAUGAUUCCUCCAAUCAUCGGAGCUAUGUGCGUAACACUCGGAUUUCUGUAACUCGGGUCCAUCUUGCUCGAGCUGUCGGGCUGCCGACUAAGAAAGAGAAACGCGAUGCUUUUGAUGGAAGGGAUAGGGUCCAAGAACUAGUUUCUGUAGAUGGGGCUACCAAAGCCCUCUUGGAUUUCAUUUCUAGCUACAUGCUUUUUGAUGAAAUGUGCAUACUGCCUGAGGAAAUCAUUCAGGCUACUAAACUUGUGAAGGAGGGGGUUCCCUACAAGGUGGAUUGGGCAGCAAUUAUGUGGGUUUUGGUUGAGAAGGAGCUAUCAGAGGGCCACGAAUCCGGAACUUUUUGCUAUGCAUCUCAUCUGCAGCAGUUGAUUAAGCACCAACGUCCUCAACUUUUCUUAAAAGAACCAGAGCCUGUGUUUGCUGUGGCUGAGCCUGAGGAAGUGGAAGACAUUUCGGUGGCAGAUGAGGCGGUUAAUAUGGCAGAAGAUGAUGUUAAUGCUGCAGAAGUCCAUUUGACAGAAGAAGAGGGUGAUGCUGAUAUCAGAAAGAUGCGGAGCUUGCAGGACAUGAUGAAUGUGGCUUCUGAGGGGCAUGAUUGUGAGUUUGGUUUGACGUUGGGUGAUGAUGUGAUGGAUGAUUUUGAUGAUUGUAAAAUGAAUGCAGAGAGCGAGUGGCUUGAAGGAGAGAAGAAUGAAGGCUUUAAGCAAUGCCUGAGGCGCUGUAAUUCUAAAGCUUCUGAAAACUUGGAAUUUGAGAAUUUGGCAGAGAUGGGUGAGGAGAAAAAUAUACAAGAGAGGUCUACCGCUGCUGUCUCGGUUAAAGUUUCUAAUUUUGAGAGGUUGAAUUCAUCAGACCUUAUGCAGGAAUUGAGCAAUGUGGGCAUUCCUUAUGCUGCACAGGUGAAUACGCUCAACCCAUCUUAUAAGAACAUUAUUAUGGAUAGUGGUUUGGGUGGUUCUAACUGUUUUGGCUAUAGUGAAAGGAGGCAAAUUGAUGAGAUUGGGGAUGAGGAGAGAGACCAAUUUGACCAUAAAUGUAGGCAAAAAAGGUUGCGGGCUUAUGAACCUUGGGGAAACCUGCCAUUUUCUUUUGAUGACUGCAUGAAUAUGAUUCAAGUUGGUGCAAAGAAGGCCAAAGCACUCUAUAGUGAGAAAUACCAAGAACUUUCAAAGAUGGAAGACCAUAUACAGUAUCUGAAUCAUUUGGUUCAUGAGAAAGAGCUGGCUAUUCGGUCAUUAAAAGAGUUGGAAGAGCAACGAAAUUGGCAGAUGGAUGUUCAGCAGUAUGAGCGUGAACUAUGCUUGGUGACCCAAUUGAUGCUUGGUUAUAAGACUGCUUUAAAAGAAACUCGGGGUAGAUUUGCGGACUAUAGAAAGCAGCACCCAUGUGAUGUGGAUCCUCUUUACAAGGAUGUUCCUGGGACAGGUGGACUGGUUCUUAGUGCGAGGGAGUUUGAAAAGGUUCAGUUGGUCAAAGAGGAAGAGAAGCGACAGCAGUUGUUAUGUGCUUUCAGAAAUCUUGAGCAAAUCUUAAGUAAAUUUGAGAAAUGUGAAGAGAGGGUCACAUUGCAUGAUGUUAAGCUCGGGAAGUUGGUUGGAGAAAUGCGGAAUCUGAAAGAUGGUUUUGUAAAAUCUGGUUGCUUGGAUGUGUAACAACACCUUAUUUCAGCGGAUUUGCUGCCCUUCUGACUAGUUAUUUAAGAAAUGUGAAGACUGCAUCAUUUUGGGUGAUUGGAAAGUUAUGAAGCCGUUUGAUAUGAUAACUGGAAAUGGAGGUUUGUGUGGCUGUUUCUUGGAUGAUUACCUUUUGAACUAGUUUUGCGCGCUUAACUUGGAUACUUGAUUAUUAACUUAGGAUAUAACACUGAUGAAUGAAAUUAGAUUUAAAAUCCCCUUUUUGAACUGCCUAUGUUAUUUGCAUACAUCUGUUGUUUUCACUCAUGUCAUGUACCAUUGAUGAUUGUUUUGUAUUGUUAAAAUGUUUUAAGAUCGCAGGAUCUUUUUAUUUUAAA